AUGUCACAAAAUCAAAAUACUAUAGACGAAUCUGAAUUAACAAUAACUCCAGCUGAUCCACUUCUUCUUAUACCAUCAAUAAGUAAAGAAAAUUUAGCAAAUGAAAUGAAAUUAAUAAAUCGUUUUUCUGGUAUUUGUUAUUCAUUAAUUGCAUCAUUUCUAUUUAUUGCUUCAACAUUUACUAUAAAACAAUUAGGUAUUGACUUACUUGAUGCAUUAUUAUUACGUUUUAUACUUCAAACAAUACUAACAUUUUCAUUUGCUUUAUAUAAACAUUAUUCAUUACUUUCUGGUACAAUACGAGAAAUAUUCUUACAGAUUAUUUGUGCUAUUAUGGGUUCAGCAGGAUCUUUUCUACUUUUUCUUGCUAUGCGUUAUAUUGAAUUAUCUGAUGUUAAUACAUUAUUUUAUACUCGAGUAGUUUGGACAGUUAUUCUGAGUAUUAUUGUUUAUCGUGAACGACCAUCAAUAGGUAUAUUAAUAGCUUUACCAUUAACUUUUCUUGGUGUUAUUUUUGUAACUCAACCAACUUUUCUUUUUUCAUCAAUAAAUUCAUCAAUGAAUAAUAUUAAUUAUAAAUUUCGUAUAAUUGGUUAUAUUAUAUCUAUUAUUUGUGCUUUAACAGCAGCAUUGAAUGUUUUAAUUUAUAAACAAAUUAUUUCAACAUCAAAAAAUAUUAAAGCAAGUGUAUUAAAUUUUCAAUUUUCAUUUUCUAUUUCUAUGUUUCUUAUUCUCAAUCAAUUCUAUAAAAUAUUUCAUCUUAAAAUAAUAACUUCAUUUAAUUAUUUUAUAUCAUGGCGAUAUAUAGCAUCAUCAAUCGUUUGUUUUGUUAUAAUUAUUUCAAAUAUAUUAAUACAAAAGGCUAUUAAACGUGAACAUCCAACUGUUUUUUCACUACUUGGUUCAGCUGAUAUUUUUUUUGCAUUAAUGUUUCAAUAUAUUUUUUCAUCAGUACGAUCAAAUUUAUAUACAUUACUUGGUUCAGCACUUAUAAUUAGUAGUGUCGUUUUAAUUGGUAUAUCAAAAAUUUUUAAUGAACGAAAUCUACAAGAUAAAUUGAAACAAAAAGAGAAAGAACAUCUAGACAAUGAAAAUGAAAUAUGUUAA